AUGCGUAAACCUGAAGAGAAGCUUGGAAAGGCAGUGACUCCCUUUCGGGCACGGUGUGCCUGGAUCCAGGGUGGGCUCGCAGGGCCGAGAACACCCCGACGGGCUCUAGACAAAGGCAGGAGGAAGGCGCUGGGGCUGGGUGCCCCUAGGGCAGCACGCGAGGGCUGCGGGAAGGGAGCCAGGGCAGCGGGGACAGCGAAGGCGGCGGAGCGGGGGGAGGCGGCGGGGGAGGCGUGCCCGGGGCGGGGAGCGAGCUCGGGCGCACGCAGGCUCGGGAGGGAGCGCGGCGGGGGCCGAGGCGGGGCCGAGCAUCGCUGCGUGCGCUCGGGGGGAGCCGGGGGAGGGCCCGAGGAACCGCGCGACUGUGGGAGGGCGGCGGGCUCUCACCCGCUUCCCGAGGAACCGCGUGCGCGGCGGCCAACGGACGGCAGGCGACCGUUCCUCGGCGUCCCGCGCUCCCGGCGAACCGCCCGCCGCCAUUUUGGAUCCGCUCCCUCCUCCGCGGGCUCCGCCGGCCCCGACCCCCCCCUCCCGCUCGCGCACCUCCCUGCGCAAAACUCCGGGGGACGGAAAGCGGGCGGUGCGGUGGUGCCGCGGCCCCGCACCCCGCUCGGCUUUCCCUACUCACCACACUACUACCGCUGCCGUCGCCUCCCAGCGCAGGAGCCCCGCUCCCGCCUCGGCGCUCGCUCCGCGCUAGAGGGAAGGGGCGUGGCCAACCGUAGCGCCCGGCCCCGCCCCCCUCGCCCGCCAUCUUAUUGUCAAAGCCCACAAAGGCUCUCGCUCCCCGCCCCCGCUGUGUCGCUGGGGGCGGGGCUUCAGCCUCUGGCCACGCCCACAAGGCAGCCGCAGGUCUCUAUUGGCUACCGCCGAAUCGCGCAGACGACGCUCGCCUUUGCGAUUGGCUGUGCCGUUGCCGCGGCACCCAGCCGCUCCUCCCCCUCAGGCGCCGCGCACGGGAGGCUGCCCGGUUGCCAUAGUGCCGGGCCCUUCCCCUCGUCCGUGAGAGGCUGGGAGGCGGAGGCCGAGGCGGAGUCCCCAUUUCAAACAGCAGCCAAAGCCUCGCGGCGUGGCUGGGCUCCCGGCCACGGGCUCCGGCGGGAACAGGUUGAGACCUGGCCCAGCAGCAGCCCGCGGGGCCCUCGCUCUGGGAGGAGCCCGCCCCCGGGCCGCGCCGCCUCCGCCGGGCCGGGCUGGGCCGGGCCGGGCCUCUCCGCUCCGCUCCGCUCCGCGCCGCCGCUUCCCUCAGGGCCGAGAGUCCCCGACGCCUCCCGCCCCCGCAGCCCCGCGGGGUGCCAGGCCUCGUGACUCCAUUAGCAAGGCCUGUGGCAUUUCCUGUCUGAGCCUCGCAGGCAGAGGACAGGCAGGCUGCUUCCAUCGGGUGGGGAAGGGACGGAGCCCGGUGCCCCAGCAGCUCCAACCUUUGUCUUGAGCGAACGGCCCAACCAACGCUUUGGACGCCCCUCGUGCUGGCUUGGUGCUGCGGCACAUCUGCAAGCGCUUAGCUGGCCCCGGCGCUGAGCUGCUUUCCCGGCCCUGUGAGCAGCCAGGAGGGGGGAGUGAGCUCGUCCCGGCUCCAGCUGCUCAGGACCGGCAGCUGCGGCCGAAGGUUGGGCACGGAGAGACUCUGCGGCCCCGGGAGGAGAAGAGAAAUAGAGAGAAAGAGGAGGUUGGGCAGCAGGAGGGAGCAGAAAAUGGGCCAGGGAGUGAGUCGGUAGGGAGGGCUGUGAAACAGCAGAGAGCUACAACUUGGUAGGAGAAAGCAGGAGAAAAUAAUGUUUGCACAAGCAAGGUCAUUCUUGGGAUGAGAUAUGUUAGAAACUGCGUUAUUUCCCCAUGUUUUUUAUGGUUUCUCAUACAGCACAUAAUGACAUCACGAUACAAAAGCAUAUGUGAAGACUUUGAAAGAACAAUACAGCGAAGAGAAGUGUUCCACCGCUCUCUCCAUCCCAACCCCAGCUUUUUUUAGAUGAGCUGUAAUGAAUUCAGUACGUAAUUCCACAUUAAGUCCUGCAUGAACCCAUGAGCCUUUCUGUUGUUCCCUUUAGGAUCACUGCCAUAGAAGAGUGUAGUGGUACUGCUCUUACUGGUGAUAACAUCACCUCCAUAUCCCCUCUUAUCUUUUUUCCUCUUUUAGCUACAAUGAGAGGAUCUCAACUUUUUUCCCCCAAUAAAUUCUCCAGUGAAACAAAGGAAAAACCAAUGAAAGAAGAGGAUAGCUGAUAGAUUAAAAGCUCUAUGUUGUUUGAAAAGGAGAACUAUGGAAAGGUUCUCAAUGCUUUCUCUGAAAAGCUGAGAAAACUUAUGCACGCUUAGUCAAGAUAUGACAAGAUUUGAUUACUCUCAGGAGAAAACAACUCUUUCAUCUCACAUACAUGAGAAACAUAACUUGACAAGUCAGAAGGGAAAUAUCUGGACAAACUGAUGCAAAACAAUACAGACCAAAGUAUUUAGUAGAAAGCAGACAAUCUCUGAUAGUACUAAGAUAGUAUUAUAAAGAAAAUAAUUGAAUUGUAACCACAAUGUGAUAAAGAUAUCAAAUUUUAGCUACAUGCUGAUGUUUUUUAUCCACCUACCUAGUUUCAGUAAACUAAAUGUUAACGCCAGAGUUAAAGAGAGCAAGUGAUAAAUGGGAGUUGAGAAAGCUGUGUCAGCACAUGAAACCUUAGCAGGUAAGGUAGUCUGUGAGCAAAAGCAGAACUGGGGCAAAGGAGUUGGAGACAAAGCACAGAGCAAAACUGGAAAUAAAUGUCAACAGAACAAUCUGAUUGGGAAACUGAAAUGAAGGUGGAAACUGCUGUAAAAAAGAAAGAAAAAAGAAUUCUGCUGGUUUGAAAUGGCAGGUGACCGAAACCAAAAGGUAUUCCGAAUAUGUCCUCAGAGCUGCUGGAGUAAUGUGAGAUCUUACACCUGGUGAGACACUGCAGGGACCUGCUUGCUGAUGUAAUGACUACCACGUAUGACGGGAGAAAAUGAUGCAAACCAGCUCAGCACAUCUCUCCUAGGAAGGUGGAUCAGCACUGGCAGCCAGCAGAAACUUCAGCGUGGUAGACCUGAGGAGAUUUAGAAGCCGUGGCAGCCCUCUGAAAGUGGCCCUGGGGGCCAGAAAGCUGGGCGAGGAGAGCAGGAAAAUGUGCGCUUGCACUGCCGGUGUUGGGAGCCAAGCAGACAUGAGUCAGCCUUGAGCUGGAAGCUGUGCAGCUGUCGUCAGUGCAGUGCUGCUGCCGAGCCCUGUUGGGAGGCAAGGUGUGCUCAUCCAGCUCGUGCUGCACCAGCAUGACCCUGUGUGGUUGGGGGAAGAGUUUGGGCUGUGGUUCAGAGCUGGGACAGAGCUUGCUUGCCUCUGCCUGCCAAAGACAACGUGGACGUGCUCUGAGUCUGUGUUGUUUUUCUCAUAAUAAAUGUUUGAUUAAAG